UCUCCCAAGGUGCACGUUUCGGAUGCGAGAUCACCACUGCGUGUGGGUGGGGCAAUGCAUCGCCGAGCGGAACCGGCGAUCGUUCUUGGGUUUCCUCAUCUUGCUGGCGGGACUGUCGUUUUGGUUCUCCCGCAGGGUGGUCAUGGCACUGUCAUCUGGGGAAACGAGUGCCUGCCGUGACGACGGACGCGCGUGCAAGCAGGCCGUGUGGCCGCACGUCUUACGCCACCUUUUACGGACCAAUCGCGGCGGCGAAGAUCUCGGGGUGGCUAUCUACGCGCUCACGACGGGCUUGCUCGCAACGGCGCUCGCUGCGCAGCAAAUUUUUCUCGUGAGCGCCGGCUUGACGUCUCUUGAACUGCGGAGGGCACGCAAGUCGCCACUUUUAUCGCACGCCGGUCGCGGCCGACGCGGCACCAGCUCCGCCGACCGUUCCGCGGACUAUUCGCGGUCUUGGCAGGGCGGCCGACGCUUCCCCGCACCGGGGUCGUCUCUUGCGCCACCACCGUCACCGUCAGCAGCAGCAGAAGUCGUGGCACAUGUAGGAGAAACCCAACCGCGAGACCCCUCGCCGCCGGCCCGUUUCGUGUCUGCCCGAGAUGUUGCUGGCAAUUGGGCGAGGUUCUUGACGGGCACCGAGCUCCCUAGCCUGCGGUAGACGCCGAUCACAUUCAUCGCCUCAGCGGGGGGCGGCGGCGGUAACAACGCCCGGAGAGGGGACGGGAGGGCACGGGCACCCACUGCCCCCCGGCAGGCGGCGAUGAAGUCGUGGGAAGGAAGUGGUUGUCCGGGCCUCACCGUCUAGACGAAGGAGCACCUACUACCUGUUGGUUUGGUGGUUGCGCUGAGAUGCACAUGUCAUACAAUUACCGUUGUUGUGUCGCUCUGUUCGUGAGAGGGUGUUACUGUGGGCAGAGUUAAUAUGGAUAUAACUGCAGCACUCUGGUGCUUUUGUACUUCCAAUGUAGGAUGGAACUCGUCGCUGUAUGUUGCGUAGUAUAUACAUGGGUUGAUGCGAAAUUGCGAAAGAGCAUUUGGGAGGACAGACUAUCUAUAUACAUCUGCUUGAACAUGUCGAUCCAACGGGAAGAAGGUCCAGAGGGUGAAGUUGUCCGUGUUUUUUUCGUUGUUGAUGCUCACAUCAAGUCAAAAAGGAAAAUGGGCGGAUGUACAUGUGUAUGUGUAUGCUACUCUCAUCCAUCCAUGGAAGCAAACGGAAUUUGAAUA